CGAGUGAGCAGAACGGAGCGGAUGGGGGCGCUGGAGGAGGCUGGUCCUCUCUCGGAGCUCCUGCUUGCAACUCUGAGCGGCUUCCUGCUCUCUCUCCUGACAAACGGCUCAUUCUCAUCGCUGAUCAUGUGCUUCGCUCUCCGGAUCGGCUGCAGGAAGUUGGACUUGCUGCGUUUUUUCCCUCCUCGCUCGUCUUGACAGCCUUGUUUUCUCCUCCCCCUUUCUCCUGUUUUCCCUCUGGCUUCCAUCUCUCUCUUCAGCCGGCCGUGAGAGAGAGACAAGAGCCGACAAGCUGGCUGUGUGAAGCCGCAGGAGCUGGCGGUGAUCACCCCCCCUCCUUCUCACCCCGGACACAGAGAGCAGGUCAUGGAGGCUCUGGCGGAGGAGAAGGGGCUCUGGGCGUCGGACGACUCGCAGCCCCUGCCUACUUUGAGCCCGGCCGUGCCACCCUACGUCACUUUGGGCCUGACGGUGGUCUACACCGUCUUUUACUCUCUCCUCUUCAUCUUCAUCUACAUCCAGCUCUGGCUGGUCCUGCGGUACCGACACAAGCGCUUCAGCUACCAGACCGUGUUCCUGUUUCUGUGCCUGCUGUGGUCGGCGCUGCGCACCGUGCUUUUCUCCUUCUACUUCAAGAACUUUGUCACGGCCAACACUCUGGGACCCUUUCCCUUCUGGCUGCUCUAUUGCUUCCCCGUUUGCCUGCAGUUCUUCACGCUCUGCCUCAUGAACCUGUACUUUGCGCAGGUUAUUUUUAAGGCAAAGUCCAAAUAUGCACCGGAGCUUUUGAAGUACAGGCUGCCACUGUAUCUCACCUUCCUGUUCAUCAGCCUGGUGUUUUUAGUUGUCAAUUUGGUGUGCGCCCUGCUGGUGAGGAUGUCCUCUGCAGAAGCCCACACCAUCGUGCUGGUGAGGGUCGCGAUCAACGACACGCUCUUCGUCCUGUGCGCCAUCUCGCUGGCCUUGUGUCUUUACAAGAUCGCCAAGAUGUCGCUGGCCAACAUUUACCUGGAGUCCAAGGGGACAUCAGUGUGCCAGGUGACGAUUAUAGGAGCCAUCGUCAUCCUUCUGUACGCAUCCAGGGCCUGCUACAAUCUGGUGGUGUUGGCGCUCUCAAACAAGAGUAUUAACUCCUUUGACUAUGACUGGUACAACGUUUCAGACCAGGCAGACCUACAGUCGACUCUGGGCGACACCGGCUACAUCGUCUUCGGAGUGAUCUUGUUCGUGUGGGAGCUGCUCCCCACAUCUCUUGUCGUUUUCUUCUUCAGAGUUCGACAGCCUAAACUGGACAGGAGCGGCACUGGGCUUCCUGGUCACAUCUUCUCCUCUAGGGCCUAUUUCUUUGACAACCCGCGGCGUUACGACAGUGACGAUGACCUAGCGUGGAGCAUAAUGCCCCAAAACAUCCAAGCCAGUCUCGCCGCCGACAGUUAUGAGUGGGGGAGCCAAAGCGGCGGCAUCGGCGCCUACAUCGGCGAUGACAGUUGCAACUUCACUCCUCCAGAGGAGCUCAGCCACUACUGACAGGAGGCCAUGAUGACUUCCUCGGACCUGUGGCUUUGUUUUUGUUUUUUUAAAUUGUAAAGUUUUGCACACUGACUGACCGACCAAGGCACACUGGGAUCAAAGUGCCCUUCAGACUACAAACAUCCAAUUUUCUAUUUUGUCUAAAGAACUAAUAGACUUUUGUUGCCAGUAUGUAUACAGACCCAGUAAAGGGACGUGAUUUUGCACACACUUUGUACAAAGCCUGAUCUGCUUGUAAAGGUUUAUAUUGAAUAUUACUUAAUAUAUAUCCUGAUCUCUGUAAUAUGUCCUGUAUUUCUGUUUUAUGUAACAUCUAUGAAGAAAUUUCCUUUUUUCCAUACAGAUUUGUUUAUAUAGAGAAGAUAUUCAUUUAGUUCAUAUUAAAAAACAAAAAAGAAAAAUACUGUACAAAUGAAGUUUAGUUUUAAUAUCACACCAGAAUAGUUUCUAUGUGGAUCACGUACAGCUUUGGCAGCUACAGAUUCUCAUCUUUUUGUACAAAAAAUGUGUGGAGACUUCUGUAGCACCUGGAGUCAUCUAUGACAUUAACACAUGAGGAGUAUGUCUUUUCCUUUUAGGAAUCUAGUAAUUCUCAGUACAUAAAUGUCAGUGCCUUGAGCUAGAUAAGCACAAGAAACUAACGGUAAAGAUACUUGACUUCAACAGUCUUGCUAGAAAGCAGAAAGAGAUGGCUUUCCUCUCCAGCUUCUAUUAAUGAAACACUCAAAGGAGAACUCACAAGGGUUUGUGGUCACUUAGGAACAGAAAAUCAAAAAAACAAGAUUAGGUACUGAUGACUAAACUCUCUUUAGGGAGUGAUCCAUUUUCUUUGAACACCUGACAACGAGGACUUGUCCUCUCUGCUAUUGGAAGCGUGGGGGGUCAUCUUCAAAGAUCUGAAGCCUUCUCCAAAGACUAAAGAAGAGUGAAUAGAAACUGUGUCUGGCAGGUGAUUUAAAAGAACCUCAACAUUGUGUCAAAUUGUUCUACAGUAAAUGAGAUUUCAGCGCAGCAUCUGCAGAUGACUAGAAAAAACUGGAUAGCUGAGAUAACCACAUUGAUGAAAACCAAAUAGAGCUUGCUAGAAGAAUAACCUCAUUUCCCCCAUGACAAGAUGAUGGCGCAGAUGUUACAGUUUGUGGUUGCUUCACUGCCUCUGAAAUUUGGCAGCGUGCAGUUGUGGGUUUCACAAUGGAAAAAAAGCCAGUUACUACUAUUCAAAUCUAAUCUAUCUGUACUUAAUGCGAUGGAGCAUUUUAAUUUCUGUCCUUUUAAACUGCAACUCCAAUAUCACAAAUUUUAGCUGUGUCACCUUUACUCAUGGCAAAUCUUCAAACCCUACAUAACACAAAUAGGUUUAGGUGAACCCAUGACGACUGUUACAUAAUGAUCAUGCUCAGUGACUAAUAACAGCUUCUGCAGCCCUGACACAUUUUCCCAUUGAGCUUUGAUGAAAAGGAGAGCACUUCUGAGCACAGACACGUCAGCUCUUCUCUAGAACGUAACUGCGUAAAAUAACGAAAAACCAAAAAGAGCACAAAGACAGCAUAUCAAUUGUUGAAACUGAGAAAUUUUUAUUUUUAUUUCCAAAAAUAGAUGCUCAUUUCAAUUUGAAGCCAGCAACGCAUCUACGGACAAAAAACCUCCAAACAAACAAACAAAAAAAAGAUGCAGUACAGCAAGUUUCCUGCAGGGAGCAGCACAGAUCUUUGUACUGUAUAUGGUGCAACCAGGACUGCACAUAAAAACAGAGUCCUUGUCAAGGAUACUGUCUAAGCAUGUGUCUUGCAAACUUGAUGUUGAGUCCGAUAAUUCAUGUUAAGCCUGAAUAAUGUGAGGAAAAACUGCAUAAGACUGUUUGACAUUGGAAAAUGACGAUUUGCAAUAAAACCAAAUCUGAAAAGUGCUUUUAGCAACACAGUUCAUGCCUUUUUUAAAAAA